UACAAAUCAUUAGAAACAUUUCUAUCACAAGAUUUUUCAAAACGAAGUCCUCCAUUAAGAGGAUUGUCGCAACAGGGAACUACCUCGUGGCGCCGACAUGUGGGGGAUUCUUCGCAGGGAAUUUCUAGAGAAAAAGAUAAGCUACCAGAAUCUUCUCUGGGAGGAGCCGCUUUGCGAGCUUCGUUUGAAAGAGAUACUGUGCACGGAGCUAGCACAGGAGGAGCUUCGAGUUCAGCAGCCAUGGUGGCUACUGCUUCCUCAUCACCGUGUUGUUGA